UCAUAUAGUUUUUUCAUAAACACUAUGUCUACAUUUCUCAGUGUAGUAAUUAUAUGGUAGUUUCUAGAUUACAAAUAUGUCUGGAUACUUUUUUAUUUGUUUUGUGCAUAAUCUUCACUUGAUUACCUAUUUCAGUUUACACAUCGGAGAUAAUAUUAUAAGAAGUAAAAAGAAAAAGAAUGGAGAGAAAUCAUUCAAUAAAUCAUUCCUCUUAAAAUAAUUGUCAGUGAGUUUGACUACAGGACUAUGAGAUUAAAUUUGUUCGACUGUAGUACUGCUGCUUAGUCUUAUAUUAAGCAGCAAGAAGAAGAUGAAGAUAAAUAUAAUAAAUUUUUAGAAAGAGUAGUUUUAAAUAUCGACACUUCCAAAAUCAAAUUCAAAUAAUUCCAAGAACAAGAAAACCUAAAAAAAUACCUCACCCAUCGAUUUAUAAUGGUUGACGAUUUCAUCAAAAAGAAUGAAAAAAAAAUAAUGAAAAAUGCCUCUAACAGAAUAAAAGUCGCUUCCUAAGAUAUCCGAAAGCAAUUUACAUUUAAAUAAUAAGAAACUUUCCAAGAGAAAAAACUAAAUACAAAAAUAAAGUCAAAGUUGGAAGUAAAAAGACUGACUUAACUUGACUAAGAAGCAAUGGAACUAGCCCAACUUGACGAAAUGGAAGGUUAUUAUUUUUUUGGAGAAACUGAUCAAGAUAUCGAUCCUAACAAGAAGAAAAAAAUAAAAAUCAAAGUAGCUUAUUAUAGUGUGUAAAAUACCAAGCCUCUCUUAGUAAUAUCUAUAGAAGACGAAUCACUUAGGGAGGAUAUUGAAUUUUAUAAAGAAGAAAAACAAAAAAGCGAUUAAUUUAUUGCUAACAUGCUCGAAAAUUAUAGGACAACUUUAAUAAAUAACCUAAACUAUUUUAAUUAAGGCUGGCUUGUGGUAAAAGCUAAUUUUGAGGAGAUUUUUAGAAAUAGCUUGAUUUUGGUUAAUAAAUGCUACGCAGUCUAUGAUUAUUUUUUAUUUUUGAAGAUUAGAAGGUAAUUUAAUGGAAUCUCCCAUCGACAAACUAUGGGGUUGUUCAAAGUUGAGGAUUUCAAUUUUGUGGAUACACUCAAGUAUUUGAUUGAUAUUUUUCAUAAUAUAGAUAUUGUUUGUGAGUUGGAUAACGACACAUCGAUUUGUAAUGAUUAGAAGAGAAUCAAACAAGUAUUAAUAUCAUUAAUUACUAACUGCUUAAAAAUAACAAUUAGUGCUAUUUCUAUUAAUAUUUACGAGAGCUAUUUAGAUGACAUACAAGUCAUCUUUGUGCGAUUUGCUUUUUACAAAGAAGAAGAUAAUAAUUUAGAGGGUAUUUUAGAUCACCUAGAUGGAACUGAUAGCCCUUAUGUCAAUUAAAUCGAAUAAAUUGUUUUGUAAGAAAUUAUUAGAUGCAUAGGACCAUUUGAGUUAAAAGCUUAGGUUUCUCCUAGUGGCUUUUGUGAGAUAGAAUUUGCUAUAUAUGGAGAUUUAGCUCGUUUCAAAAGAAUUUUUUAAAUUUAAGAUUUCGAUGAAGAUAUGAUCUCAAAAUAAUAAAAUCUAGAAUUAAAAGCUAAAUAAACCUUCAAAGCUGAACACUUUUAAAGAAAAAAUAAAAGAUAAAACAAAACAUUUUAUGAUUUAAAAAAUUUUAACUAAAUGGAAUCAAUUGUUGGUAUACCUAGAGGUUCAAAGUUGAUAUCGAAAGAAGUUAAAAAUUAACUUCAGGCUUUUUUAACUUUGAAAGAUUAGAAAUGCAAUUCUGAAGAUGAUAGCCAAGAUUAAGAAGAAGGGGAGGAAAAAUAGCAAUCUUCUUCAACAUCAAGUAUACAAGAUGAAGGAACAACUAAAAUUGACAAUAAAUAAGAAUAAGGCUCAUCAGAAAAAGCUAUCCAAAAGUUAUGCACAGUAACAUAAAAUGAAGAGGAAGAAGAUGACGAUGAGAAAGUAGAUAAUGUAGAAAAUUUAGAUUAACAAUAAUAUAAUCAUCAAGCAACUAAAAGCAAGAAUCUAGAAUAAUAAGAUUCUCAAUCAGUUAAAGCAAUUGAUUAUGAAAAUGAAUCUAUUAAAAGUUCUAAUUAGAAAAAAAGAUAAAUUAACAAUCAUUUUAUAGACGAGUUUAAAAAAUCUAAAGAAAUAACUCUAGCAAGAUUAAAUACUUAAACAUAAUCUUAGAAUGGUUACAUUACUCUUUCUAACGAUACUUCUAGCUUCGGAAGCAAGAAAUAACUUUAAAAUAAUUCAACUUUAAAACAUUCAAAAGAUGCUAUGCCGUUUAUUCCUAAGAAAUUUACAUCUUCUUUUACAACAUUAAGAUAAUCAACAGUUGAGGAAGUUGAUAUAAGUGAUAAGAGACACCAUUCUCGAUAACACUCAAGAAACAAAUCUUAAAAAAACAACUAUCUUCAAGAUUCUUAAAGGUCUAUAAGCUAGUUAAAUGGCUCAUACAAUUUAUAUACUGAAACGCUUAGAGGCGAUAGGAGCAAUAAAGGAAAUUAUUUAGAAUCUAGUUAAAAUUCUAUUUAUGAUUGCCAUAUUAAAAGUAGAGAUGAUAAGUAAGGAUUUAAUAGCUCAAAUAAAUUUGAUCAUUCAUCGCGUACUAUUUAAAUAGAAAAUGAUGAUGAAGAAAAAGAUUUAAAUGCUUGUAAUUUAACAUUUUAGAUAGACAAAUCCGAUUUCGAAAUUAAUGAUUUUAUACCUCGUUUAAGAUGAAGGUAACUAAAUAAUUAGCAGCUUAAAACUAUUUUAAUUUAAUUAAUUAACUCUAACAAUACAAAAAUUUAUUUUAAAAUACUUUAAAUAAAAUAAUGAUAAAUAAAUAAAUACUUUUAACGAUUUUCCUAUACAAAAAAAGAAAAAUUUAUUCUUAUUUUUGUAAAAAAAAUAUAUUUAAUUUAUAUUUAGCUCAUUCUCAUAAUUAUAUAUUGUAAAUUUU